AUGUACUUUUCUCCAGCUUUCAUUGCCGUCUCGGCUUCGCUCAUCACCCUCGGUCUCGCCGACCCUUUGUCUUUCAACUCUUGGCCCAAGGAGCCCCUCCAGCCUGGCAAGCCCAUCACCCUCACAUGGUCCGGUGCGGACCCUAGUGUGCCCGUGACUCUCCUCCUUCGUGAGGGAUCUUCUACUAAGUUGAAGGAUGUCAAGGCCAUCACCGACCAGGGCAAGGAUGGCACCUUCACUUGGACCCCGGACAAUGACAUCAAGCCCGACCAGACCUAUGCCUUCCAGAUCAAGCAGGGCGAACAGGUCAACUACACUGCUCUGCUGAAGUCCUCUGACAAGCCCCUUGCCGACCUCGAUGAUGAGAACACCACCACUGGUACCACUGGUACCACUGCGACUCAGACCACUGGUACUUCCACACAAACCACUGGUACCACCAUGACCACCAGCAGCAGGGCUCUCAUCAGCUCCUCAGCCAGCGCUUCUGGCAGCCCUUCCAGCUCCGCGGCCGCUACCACCACCACCAGCAGCUCUGAGCCCACCGGCACCGAGGUUGUCAACGGAAAGGAGCCCGACUCCACUGGCGCCGUCCAAACCGGUGCUGCCUCUAUUCCCCAGUACUCCGCACAACUGGCUAUGGGAGUUGUCGGGUUGCUCGCCUACCUUGUCUAG